AUGUCGUUCAUAAUGUUGAAGUAUGCCAGGCCCGACUCCUGUAUCUGUUCACCCGCUGCCACACCCUUCGUGCGAUCCCUCUGCCCGAUACAUGGAGUCCCUGUGAAUACGGGUAGGAAGAGGAAGGGAAAUGACAGGGUAGAAGAGGAGGAAGAUUCAGACUAUCGACCUGGAAGGAGACGUCGCGGCACCUUGGACAAGAAGAAAACGACACCAAUGAGACCCGCUAGCCAUGCGUUCAGCAAGAAGACGGUUGACGCGACAUCAUCUCCUCUCACUAGUAACGACAAGAAGACGCCGAGCAAACCUCCUCCACAAAUCAAUAGCACCAGACCGACAUCCGCGACAUCACACCCCCUCACCGACGACAACGUGUCAACCAUCGCGACAUCAUCCUCCGUCCUUGUGCCCGCGCGCUCAACCGAGGAGGCUUUGGCAUAUUUCCAGAAUGCCUCGAAAAUCAAUAGUGGUGGUCAAGAAAUCAGCAGCAGCUGGAUUCCAUCGAAGUUUUACACCGAUACACUAGCACGCCUCAAGGAUGAAGAUUGGAUGAAAUUCGACUUGCUUGGAGAGAAUUGGAAAGAAUUUCGCACCAGACUCUAUCGCUACCUCCUCGUACCACCAUCGAAGUCCGUUACCUUUGCCGCCCCAACAUCGACACUUCGACGGAGCAGCGAUCACAAUAUUCAUACCUCAAUUCUGCGCGCGAACCGGCAGGUUUACCGCGAAGCGAGCAGGAUUCUGUAUGGCGAGAACAAAUUCAUUGCAGCUGAGCCUUUCCAUCUCUUCCAACCGAACGGACUAGAGGCCUUGCGACGGCGGACAACAACCCUGAUUCGAGAGCUAUCUUUCGAAAACAAGGGAGAUGCAGCCCAGCUGUGCCUAGAAAACAUCGAGACCAUACUGCAACCGAUCUGGAAGAUGAUGCUCGAACAACCUGCGUUUUUGAGUCUCAAGAAACUCAGCAUCCGCCGUGAAGUCAUCCGAGAAGCGGAUCUGAACUUCUUCGCGUUCCAGAGCUAUCUGGACACGCAUGGCGGUGGCAGUCUCGAUGCUCGCUCAUUGUUCAACAAGCGAGACCUUGUCGUACGCACCAUGGCAAAGCUGGCUUCCCUUGCUGCGAUGAGAGACUCGGAAUUCAAAGACAUGUACAUCGUCGAAGCGGACGGGAAAGAGGUGGUAUUCCCAGGCUUUCUCGGAGUGAGCAAUGUGAUUGAAGUUUGUCUUACCCGAGACCAGGACCAUGGUAUCACCGGAGAGAGGCUGGAUCUGCAUCGAGAAGUCAUUGAUGUGCUGUUCCACGAGAGAGAGGUCGGGUUAUUGGGAGCUAAUGAUGCAUAUGAAAGGUAUCUCGAUAGGUAUCGAGACCAAUUUACUUGA